ACUAAACAAUCGUAAACGCUGGUGGGAGAACCACCACAAAACGUUGGUGUGAGAGCUACAAUGCACACGUGGGACUAGUCCUGCAAGUCCGUGGCAUGUACAUGUAGGUAUACGAACACACAUAGUAUAAAGUUGGACUUUGUCUCUUUUAUACGUUCAACGCCUUACUGUAGGAGUGGGUCUUACCUGUGCAAAUAGACAACCAGCGCGCGCUCGAAACGCUUGAACGCCAAACCCGGAAGUAACGUUUACGUAUAUCCACGACCUGGCGACCUCGUAACUUGCUGACCGUACCCAAGAUUUGCUCACAAAUCACAGUGAGAUACUAUGGCUGAUACGGAUGGCAGACACCUGCCGACAUUUGUGGAGGGGUUUCAUGAUGUGAAGGCUGUGGGGAGGAUGAAGUAUGCCGUCCUGGGGAGCACGGGGCUGACCGUGUCACAACUCAGCUUUGGUGCAUCAUCUCUGGGCAGUGUGUUCCAUGACACAGAUGAGGCAGAGUCCAUACAGGUUGUCCACAAGGCCCUGAGGAGUGGCAUAAACUACAUCGACACAGCACCCUGGUACGGGCACGGCAAGUCUGAAACUGUCCUCGGAAAGGCCCUGAAGGACAUCCCCCGACAGUCAUACUACCUGGCCACUAAAGUGUGCAGGUACGAGGCAGAUGUGCACAAGAUGUUUGACUUCAGUGCUGAGAGGACUCUGAAGAGUGUGGACGAGAGUCUUGCUAGGCUGGGACUGUCGUAUGUGGACAUCAUCCAGGUCCAUGACAUGGAGUUUGCUCCCAGCCUGGACGUUGUGGUGAACGAGACCCUCCCCGCCCUGCAGAAGGUGAAGGAGUCCGGCAAGGCCAAGUUCAUCGGCAUCACGGGUUACCCCCUGGGCAACUUCAGAAAAGUAAUUGAGCGGAGUCCAGUGAAGAUUGACACCGUCCUGAGUUACUGUCACGGCUCCCUGAAUGACAACUCUCUGCAGGAUGAGCUGCAGUACUUCCAUGAGAGAGGAAUAGGUGUUAUCAAUGCCUCCCCCAUCUCCAUGGGUCUUCUGUCACACCGGGGACCUCCAGCCUGGCACCCAGCCACUCAGGACAUCAAGGAAGCCUGCAGGCAGGCUGCAGAGUACUGCAAGAGUAAAGGUGCUGACAUUUCCAGACUUGCAAUGCACUUCACCUUGAAUCAGCAAGGAGUCCCCACUACACUGGUCAGUACUGCCAGCCAAGCUAACCUAGACAGAAAUGUGAGAACUGUGUAUGAAGAAAUGACUUCUGAUGAAAAGGAGACACUGGAAUACAUCUGUGAGAGGUACUUCAAACCUCUGAACAACAAGACAUGGGAGGGAGUAGAGGUGGAGAACUACAACAAAAUGAAACAGGGGUCUGGCACUGGAACACUGGGGUAGAAAACUGCACAGUUUGUUACCAAGUAGUUUUCCUUAGAUGAAGGUAAAAGAAGGAAAAAAACAAUUCAAAGCACACACUAGAAAAAUUUAUUGAUGGACAAAGCUCUGUUCCCUUGUCAUGGUCCACAGUACAAAUGCUACAAGGACUACUGCUUCAGGUAUUACACAGCAAUCAGCUGGUAUGUCAGAAGAACAUACUGCGCCUGCAUAAAACUACUAAUAUAUUAUGCAUAGCACUUUGGCAGAAUAUAUCAUUGAAAGUCGUAUUCUCGUAUUUAUGGAUGGCAUCCCAUCUAUAGGUUUUCAAAUGUUGUGUCAGAAAAGAUGUCAUCUGCAACAUGCAAAAUUUUAAUGCAACAUUGACCAAACAUCCAGCAAAAAGUGAGAAAUCCUGGCUUUGUGCAGGCGCAGUACAUUCUGAUCUGCUGACGUGCUCAAUCGGCUUACUAGUAUUAUGUUGUCAUUGCAGUUGAAUCUUAACAUGAAUAUUUACACAUACACAAUGAUAACUCUUACCUUCAAUGAAGCAAAAUUCACACAUCUUUGUUACCUAAUAAAUCAAUGUAUAAAAAAACGAAAUUCCUGUUUUUACCAGGAUAUCCACAGAAGAUCAUGAUAGAAUCAAAACUGUUUUCAUUCAUUUGCUGCUAAAGAUUGCAAUGUGCAAUUUGCAUACUGUAACAUGGAAAUCUCAGGAGAUAUAGUAGAUAGUCAAACUUUACAAAAGUCAUUCCAACCUUCACUGAAAAUAAGAAUUGCAUAAUUUUAUGUAAUAAGUAUGCUAAGGUUCAUAGGUGGCAAGGGUAAAAUUUUAAAAUAGAAUUUUUGAAAAUAUUACUACAAAUCAAUUCUUUGAUACUAGUAGUUAGUAG